CCCAGUCCGGAUGUUCCCCAGUAGCGAAUAACGAGCAGCAGUGUGUGAAUGUGGCAGCCGAGGUAGACAGGGAGGGGUAGAUAGACUGACCACACCGGGCUUUUUGUCCUUUUUCUUUAUUUUUCUUUUCUUGCGGAACCGAGUGUUUACAGUUUACAUCCCGUCGCGGUUGUAAACUUGUUUGUGGGGCAGAAAACCGGGCCGCCGCCGCUUUUCUCCGGGACUAACCGCUGUCGUUGUGAAAACAGUCCAGAAGAAAGAAGGGAGAGGGAGAAACAACAUGGGGCGAUAAUAAAAAAAAAAAGGUGUUGUGUUGUGAGCCGACGAUGACUCUCUGGGAGGACCCGUGAAGCUUAUUUAUUUUUAUUUAUUCCCCCCUCUUCCCUUCCCUUGUGUCCGCUUUUGUUUUAUUUUAAAAAUCUCUCCUCCCCUUGCUAGUUUGGGAGACAGUUUUGUUUUUUAAGGAAAAGGCACCGGGACACGUUACGAGAGGACCGAAGGAUGGACCAAGCCGGCAUCCUGAGAAAGUUUAUCCAGGGGGUGAAGACCAUGAGCGAGGGGGACGAGGAGAGGGGAGAGGACAACUUCGGCAGCGACUUUAUGCGGUUACGGCGGUUAUCAACCAAGUACCGGACGGAGAAGAUCUACCCCACCAACGUAGGAGAGAGGGAGGAGAAUGUCAAGAAGAACAGAUAUAAAGAUAUACUGCCAUUUGACCACAGUAGGGUGAAGCUGGCAUUAAAAACAACCAAUCAGGACACAGAUUACAUCAAUGCUAACUUCAUCAAGGGUAUGGACGGCCCAGAGGCCUACAUUGCAACUCAGGGCCCACUGCCAAACACUGUCAUCGACUUCUGGAGGAUGAACUGGGAGUACAAUGUCGCUGUUAUUGUAAUGGCUUGUCGAGAAUUUGAGAUGGGAAGGAAAAAGUGUGAGCGGUAUUUCCCGCUGCUUGGGGAGGAGACCAUGAGUUUCGGCCCUUUUAGAAUCUCCUGUGAAUCAGAACAGACCCGAACAGACUACUUUAUCAGGACGUUGGUGGUGCAGUAUGAAAAUGAAACUCGGAGAAUAACUCAGUUCCAUUACAUGAACUGGCCAGAUCACGACGUCCCCUCAUCAUUCGACUCCAUACUGGACAUGAUCGGACUAAUGCGAGAAUACCAAGAGAAUGACGACGUCCCUAUCUGUGUGCACUGCAGUGCAGGCUGUGGGAGGACGGGUGCUAUCUGUGCUAUCGACUACACAUGGAACCUCCUCAAAGCUGGGAAAAUUCCAGAAGAUUUUAAUGUUUUCCGGUUGAUCCAAGAGAUGAGGACGCAGCGACAUUCUGCAGUUCAAACAAAGGAGCAGUAUGAGUUAGUUCACAGAGCAAUCGCUCAGCUUUUUCAGAAACAACUGCAGCUGCUGGAGAGUCCCACCAACACGCAGAUACACGAUGGCAUGGAUGAAAGCAGUCCGGACAAAGCAAGCCACCAGUCAGAUGAUGAAAGAUGGGACACUCCACCUCCAAAACCUCCCCGUAUACGCAGUUCCCAGGCAGAAGGUGACGUCAAGGAGGAGAUUCUUCAGCCCCCGGAGCCUCACCCAGUACCUCCCAUUCUGACCCCGUCUCCCCCCUCAGCCUUCCCCACCGUCACCAACGUACGGCAGGACAACGACCGCUACCAUCCCAAACCUGUCAUACACGUCCUCGCUACGGCACAGCACAACGUGACACAGAAAAAGGACGCGGACCAGCAGCAGAACCAGUCAGAGCCCAGUCCAAACAAGCAGACCAGCCCGUCGGAGCAGAAAGACCAAGACCUGCUAAGCCGUAAGCAGCAGACUCAUGUCUCAAAUCUGGAUCUCAAUGACAACUACAACAACAAAUUGUCUUCAACGUCGACAAAGUCCGAAUCAGUCCAAAGCCAAACUCCCUCGUCGCCCCUCUCCCCCGUUGUUGAGUGUUCUGGCGCUCCUCGGCUCGAGAGGAAGCUCAGCAUUGAGAUUAAAAAGGUGCCGUUGCAGGAAGGACCUCGUAGCUUUGACACCUCCUCCUCCAUGGGAGUAGCGAGCGGCACCAGUUCAAGCAAUAGCAGCUGCGCUCUGCAAAGAGGCCACGCUUUCAAAGCUCGCUCUGGUCAGUCCCUGCUGACGUCCAGCUCCUCGCUGUCGGAGGAUUCGGGCACCGAGGGAGGAGCAGGAGGAUGUGGGGAGAGUCAUGCAGAUGGAGGCGUCCUGACCAGACCGAACCACCUCCCUGUGAAGAGCAGCGAGAAGAGCGACGCUCAGGGAGGAGACCUGAAAGCCGGCCACGCAGCCUGGACUCAGCCCUGCAACAGCCCCGAAAAACUCUUCCCCAAGACCUCCUCCUCCUCUUCCUCCUCGGACCGUGUCGCUCCAUCCUCCUCUUCCUCCUCCCACCUCUCCUCCUCCUCUUCCUCCUCCUCCUCCACCCCCGUUAGGACUGCCCUGAGCUUCACCAACCCCCUGCACUCGGAUAACUCGGACGAGGAGGGGAACGGAGAGAUGUCUGGAGGAAAGGAGGGAUACCGUACAAGUGUAUCCACGGCGACGGCCAUGGUAACCACACCCCCUCACCAAGGAGACCAGCAGCCUGUCAGGAAGGUGUUGCCCUUGUCACUCGCCGGACAGAGCACACCGUCACCCUCUGCAACCCCAGCAAACUGCUGGGACAGCGACGACUCCCCUCCCCCCCUCCCCGAGAGAACCCCCGAGUCCUUCAUUCUGGCCACAGACCCUUUGGACAUGAAAACGUCCGCCUCUGCCGAAUGGAGCAGUUCACAUAAAGAUGUGUCAGAUUGUGUCAACAAGACAUCUCCAGCUGACCCUACAUCUACUGGCACCACAGCAACAGACAGCAAGGCAGAGCUCGGUGGGGUUCGGUAACCGCUGCAUUCAGCCCAAAGGCCCUCGAGAACCCCCCCUGGAGUGGACAUGAUGGAACAAUCCGUCUUCCCGUCCGCCAACAAAGUCCUCCAUCGUCAGGAAAUGGACUCUACCGAUCUCACCUGGCUGGUCCAAAAACCAAGUAGAUAGAUGCUCUGCAGACAAACGGCACAUUUUUACACAGAACGUCCUUCUGUGUGACUCUGUGUCUCUUCAUCUACUCUUCCUCCUCCUUCAAAGUGCCACUGUGCGAAGCUGGGCAGUUACCGCUCAGAGACUCGUCCGUUUUCGAACAAAGCUCACGUUUUUCUCCUCAGCUUGCUGAUGUCAGAGGGUUUCUCUAGAUGCUGACCGUGGAUCAGUCCGGCUAUUUCCUUGUUAAUGGUUAAAGCAUAAUUCCUGUGUUUUCAUUGUUUUUGGCGACUUAAGAGUAGACUAAGAAAGGGUGUAGUUUUCUCCCUGAUCUGUACACACUUCAAGAAAAUUGUCCUUUCUUUGGCUAGAAGAGAGAAGAGAGAUGUAGGAGUGACUCUUAAUAAAAAGUGUUCAGAUUGAACACUUUGUUUCAUGCCAAAUGAGAAGAAAGUUACCUUUUUGUUCAAAUCAGGAAUUAUCUUUAAUCAGAAAAGCUACUGUAGGAGGCGAGAGAUGUAACUAAACUCCUAGACGUUGUCUGCUGCCUCCUACUGAAUGAACAACAAUCUUCAAAGCGAACUUAGAUAAUCUGUUACCCAUGAUGCAACCUUUUCUGUUGGGUAUGUACAGGUUGCCAGGGUGCGCUCUCUCUCUCUCUCUCCCUCUCUCUCUCUCUCUCUCUCUCCCUCUCUCUCUCUCUCUCUCCCUCUCUCUCUAAUCUCUCUCUCUCUCCCUCUUUCUAUGUGCUGGUGCUACAUUACAAAGGAUCAGCAUAGAAACAGAAGCGCUAGAGCUGACUGUUACCAACAUUCACCCGUUCCUCACCUCCGUUGUGGUUUCCCAUAGGAUUUACUCCUGUGUUAGCUGAAGUAAUACCAGCUCUAGUAUUUUAAAUUUCUAUGCUCUUUUGCCAGAGUCAUGGGCUAACACAGUUUGGUCAUUGCAAUCUGUUUUUAGGGGAAAUAUGUAGCUGGAGCCACUAAGUAGUUACCUUCAUUUACACUGGUUUUUCCAGUUUUCAUGCUAAGCUAACAGGCUGCUUCAUGUUUACUGUGCAGACAUGACGGUGUUCUCAGCAAGACAGAAAAGAAGUGCAUUGUGGUUGUUUGCGUUAAAUAUCUGCUCAUACCAUAACAGUGGAUGUGAAUAGUUAACCCUCCUGCUGUCCUCAUUUACUGGCACCAAAAAAAUGUAUCUUCCUUGUCUGAAAAAAUUCCAAAAUUCAGCAAAAAAAUUCCGCAAAUUUCCGCAAAAGAAAAUUUCAAUAAGUCCUUAAAAGUUUUAUUUUAAAGAAAUCCCCCAUAUUUGGUAAGAAAAUUCCUGUAAAUAUUUUCAAAAAAUUAGUAAAAAUCUUCCAAAAAAUCCUAAAAAUAUAUAAAGUGAUUGCAUAUUCAUCACUAAAACUUCUAAUAUUUUCUUUAAGAACAUUCACAAAAAAAUCUACCAAAAUCCAGCUAAUUUCACUGGAUUUUGGCUGAUUUUUUUUAUGAAUGUUCUUAAAGAAACAUUUUUUUAACAUUUCAUUUUUCUAGCUAAAAAAUUCCUAAAAAUGUUGAAAAUGUGGACAUAGAAAUGUAAUUUUUUUCCACAUUUUCAAACUCUAAAACGGGUCAAUUUGAUCCGCAGGACGACAGGAGGGUUAAUAGGAGACCAAAGAGCAGUGUUCCCUCUCAAAUAAGCUAAUCUGAAUCAUUUUAGGAGGCCCAGCUUGUAGGAAAAAUAGAAGAAACAUCAUUUGUGUAGAAGAAGUUUGUGUUUUUUUUUUUUUCAGAUUCGUGUCAGGACCUUCAACUCUGAUGACUCCGACCCCCAGAAUUUCUGUAAUUUCCGUUCUUUAUUGGAAUCACAUCAGAGGUGAAGUGACUUUAAAGACGUCGGUAAUGACCAAACUGGUCAACUCUGUGACUCUGACUCUCACUGCUGCGACCAUGAGCCUGCCUUAGUCCGCCUCUCAGAGAAGACAGCCAACGACAACCCUCCUUAAUUUGUCUUCUCCUUCGACUUCUUUUCUCUCUUUGUGUUUCUGGCUUCUCUCGGUCUUUACUUCAGACUCCUUUUCACAGUUUUUGUUUUGUUUUGCUGUUGUCCUCUUUCCUUUCCGUUCUCUCGUCGGUGAGGCCCCCAGAUGAUCAACCGUGAGAGGUUUUCAUUUCAGCAGCUCACCUCAGUGUUUCGGAGUAUGAAUGUCACGCAUAACCUGAAACACUUGAAACCUGAAACCUGGGACUCCACACGUUCGCCGCUCCUCUGAACACCAGACUUGUUUUGGUUUCUCAUCUGACGGCUUGUUGUUCUUUCACCUGCUUCUGAGACAAUGAUCCAAUCAGACAACAGCAGCUUAGGGACCCAGGACUACUGUUUUAUCCUUUUCCUUAACUUCUCCUUCAUUAGCUACCACAACUAUACAGUAUAUGCAUUGUUUUAUAAAGAUAAAGAACUGUACAGGGCAGUUUAGGUAUAUAAUAUUUCAGAUUUGUUUUUUGUUUUUUUUGCUAUCUCUUAAAUGUUCCUAUUAACAGAAGAUGUAAGAAAGUCAGUGCAUGAUGAUGAUGAUGAUGAUGAUGAUUCCUCCCCUCUACACAAUGUUUUUUUCCUUCAAACUAUAAAUUAUUCUGCUACCCUUUUGUUUUUGCUUUCCAGUAAAUAUUUCAGGGUUGUUUUAUUUUUAUGUUCGAAUUAUUUGCUUAACAGAUUGAGAGAAAUAGAAAACAAAUGUUGUUUUAAUUGGUUGGCAGAGGAAAAGCAUAGACUGCCAGCCGGCCCCCUUUCAGAUAGCUACGACAGGCUCUGAGUAAGAUUGUAAUAAUAAUAUUAAUGAUGAUGAUGAUAAUAAUAAUAAUAAUGGUCGUUUUUUUGUAAAUGGUAUUUUAAAAGUUAUUUUUGUAUACGCGGUUGUUUGUUGCGUCACAAGUCCACUGCCCGACCCAAACCCCGAAUUCUCUCUUCUCCUUUACUCUUUCCAUGUUUUUCAUUUUUAGUUUUUUUUUUGCUCUUUCAGUACAACUGAGAUGGAGCAUUUCUUUAUUUUUCUCUCCUCUUGCUUCCUUCUCGCUUAACUUGCUGCCUUCUUUUGACAAAACACAAAAGAAGCGGCACUCUUUUUAACUUUCUCAUCUGUUUUGCCUCCAUCUCUUUCUGUUUAUUCGCCCCCUUCGUCCCUCGAUCCUCCCCCGUCCACCCACCUACCUCCCCCACACUCACACGAGCCUCGAUCUCAGAAAAGAGCCCACCUGUGCCUUUAAGAGAGAGCCCGCCCUCCCUGCCCCCCGCUGCCCCGUCCUCCAAUCAUUGUUAGUGGCAUGAGCGUGAGCGACGUGAUUCGCUGCUGCUUGCUCAUCACCUCCUGUGGGACUCUCAUUCAGCCACGCCCUCCUGCCCCCUCCUCCCGUCACACAUGAACACACACACGCAAACACACACACACACACACACACGAUGUUUGUAUGUUGCAGAAAUCAAUCAGUAAAAAUGAACAUUAAGUAAAGACAA